GCUCCGCCCGUUCAGCCCUAGCUCGCCGGUGGCGCCGGAAGUGAUUUGUUCCUUUUGUUGGCUCCCGCCCCCGGCCUGGAAGUACUUUUUCGGGAAGAUGGCGGCUGUGUCAGUGUAUGAGCCACCAGUUGGAGGUUUCUCUUUCGAUAACUGCCGAAGAAAUGCCGUCUUGGAAGCCGAUUUUGCAAAGAAAGGGUACAAGCUUCCAAAGGCCCGGAAAACUGGGACGACCAUCGCAGGUGUGGUCUAUAAGGAUGGCAUAGUUCUUGGAGCAGAUACAAGGGCAACUGAAGGGAUGGUUGUUGCAGACAAGAACUGUUCAAAAAUACACUUCAUAUCUCCUAACAUUUAUUGUUGUGGUGCUGGGACAGCAGCGGACACAGACAUGACAACCCAGCUUAUUUCUUCCAACUUGGAGCUCCACUCCCUUUCCACUGGCCGCCUUCCCAGAGUUGUGACGGCCAACCGGAUGCUGAAGCAGAUGCUUUUCAGGUAUCAAGGUUACAUUGGUGCAGCCCUUGUUUUGGGGGGAGUAGAUGUUACUGGACCUCACCUCUACAGCAUCUAUCCUCAUGGAUCAACUGAUAAGUUGCCUUAUGUCACCAUGGGUUCGGGCUCCUUGGCAGCGAUGGCCGUGUUUGAAGAUAAAUUCAGGCCAGACAUGGAGGAGAGGAAGCUAUUCCAGGAGAAGGCCAUCACCAUGUACAGAGGUGUGUGGACUCCUGCUCUGACUUGCUCUCGGUGGUGUAACCCUGGAAGUUCAGGCAGCUGAACAUGUUUGGAAAUAGGAAAACAAAACUCCAGACAGUGUCUCAAGUUGUCUGAGCGGUCAUUUCCCGAGUCAGUGUGGCCUUUUAAUUAGCAUCCGUUUUUCAGUGUGGGAGAGGGCCGAGCUUAAGCAGCCCUGUCCCUGCGUGUGAAUAUUUAGUUUAGAAAGCUGCCACGUUCCAUUAGGGGUGGCUGUUUUGGCAGUGGGUGCAGGAGCUGUGUAGACUUCUCAAAUGUCCUUUGAGAUUUACGUUGCAGUGUAAUUGGGAGAUGCUGGUACUUAGUGUGUUGUGCAUGGCAGAAUGUGAGAUUACCUGCUGUAAUGAGACCCCAGCAGCAUACCUCAGGAAGGUAGUUAAAGUUUUAACCUUAGCAGAUAAUGUUACUUGUGGGUUUCUGUGAGGUAAUUUAUACCACUCUCCCCUAACCCUGAAAUUGUGCAGAAACAAAAAAUUUUUUAAAUACGAAAUUGUGCUAAAUAGAUAUUUUAAAAUUCCACCUAGUAGUCCAGGUUUUGAAAAUGUUUGCGAUGAACAUUGUGUCUGUAGAUCACACUCACAGUUGUUGUCAGCCUGUCAUAAGUGUUGGAAUGUGGUUUUUUUCUAAAUAUCAGAACUGUGGUGAUACUGGAAUGCUGAAAAGACUUAAGGACUCAUUAACUUUGAUUCCUUGACAAAUAGGUUGGUGUCUCUUAAUGAAGAUAAAUUAGAUUGACAGGAGUAAGAAUAGGGCAUGAUGGAAAGUGUAUGCGUGAACUUUGAAUAGUUCUAGGUUUAAGAUUGGUUUUUGCCUCUUCUGUAACCCCUGUGGCCCCAGUUUGUAAAAGAUAAAACUCAUUUGUAAAAUGGGCUUAAGUCAGCACCGGAAGGGAUUAUUAGGAGGAUCGUAUUUGUAAAUUACAGUCAGGCUUAACAAAAGUUUGCUCUCUCAUCCUCUGGCUACUUCAUGUCCCAGAAUGUUAAAAGAAAAUUAAAGUGCCUUUUCUCAGUCUGUUUUAGUUAAGAUUGAGGUAUAAUUGACAUGCCUACUCUGUUUUUAUUUUAAAGAUUUUUUUUUUUUUUAAUGUGGACCAUUUUAAAGUCUUUAUUGAAUGUGUUACAGUGUUGCUUCUGUUUUAUGUUUUUUGGUUUUUUUGACCAUGAGGCAUGUGGGAUCUUAGUUCCUUGACCAGGGGUCAAACUUGCACCCCUGCAUUGGAGGGUGAGGUCUUAACGACUAGACCACCAGGGAAGUCCCUGCUUUAAUCAAGAUUUACAAUCAACAUAUGCCCUGAUGGGAAAAUGAACUUAAAUGGUUAUCUUUUUUUAUUGACGUACAAGGUGGUUUAAAGAGCACUUUGACUCAUUCUGCUUGCUGAGAAGUUUUUACACGUGUAUUUUAGGGAGAUAUCAACCUUUAAAUGUAGUGCUGGAUUCAGUGAAUUUGAUAGGCUUUUUGCUUUAGAAUUUGAUGAAUGUAUGAAUUUUUUGGAAGAAUUCAUCAGGAUGUUCUUAACAAGCCAGAUGAAUAAUGGAAUGAUAGAGUAGCAUUAUUUAAGCAAUAUGUUUGCAACUUUGAAGAAUUUCAGAGGUAAAGUACUUUAAAAAGAUAAACCCACGAGUGAGUAAUCAGUUAUAUCUAAGGACGAAACGAGUGUCAUUGCUGUUUUUGGAUGCUAAUUGUUGGAGGUUCUAUUGUCUUGAGUCAAAAAUCCAUGGGCUCUGAAGUUAGACAAAACUGUGUUGAAUCUCAGACCUUCCAGUUGGCUGUAUGUUUUUGGGUUCGUCAUUUUCCCUCCCUGAGCUUUGGUUUCCUGAAUUUGUAAAAUGGCGAAAGCUGUCUUGAAGGGUUAUUUGGAAGAAUAAGUGGAAGAAUGUACUUGGCACAGUGCCUGCAAACAGUGAAUGUAAAGUUCUCUUUUCUCCUUUUAGAAGAUAAUUUCUAGUGCCAUAUAACAAGUGAAAAUGUGUUGUUUAGUACACUUCUUAUUGACAUGGCAGUAAGUCUGUGUGGAAGAUGUGCAUGUGAGCACAGUCUUAGGGUAUCAUUUUGAUUUUCAUUUGCAGUAUAAUUGCUUCUUUCAUAAUUGAUUUGCUUUGAACUAGAAGUUAUAAAAGUACUAAGUUACUAAGUUAUUUUUGGUAAUAAGUACUAAGUUAUUUUCGGUUGCCCACUGCACUGGUAGUUCUGAAAGGGUUAGGGUUAAUUUGAUAACCGCAUGUGUGUAUUAAGAGAGAGGGGUAGAAUCGAACCAGGUUAGCUAUCAUCAUGGGUUUCCUGCAUACCAGGCACCGUGCUUGCAGCUUCUGUGCAUGGAGUCUUUGAAUCCUCACAGCCACCCUGCUGCUGGUGGUUUUAGGCCUCUUUUACAGAUGAGGAAAUUGGGACUUAAAAUGUUGAGUGACUUUAUGUAGCUCGUAAGUAAGAAGACUAGAUUCAUAGCUGAAUCUCCUGAAUCUUCAUUCUCAGAUUCUUUGCCUCUGCCUCGUCCCUCCCCCUCCUCCCAUCUCCCGUCACCAUGAUCAAUAUAGCGGAUAUAUGCAGUGGCUCCAGAAGUUUCCUUAUGCCCUUUAGGAAGGCUUUCCUACCCCAAGAUGCAUAAGUAACUGCAGUGUAUCUGCAGACUGUGUGUGCCUGGGGUCCCAGGAGAAGGUGAUGGGCAGGGGCCAUGAUCCGACUCACCUGCCCUGUCUGCUCUCUGCCUGUCCGCUUCUGCUUCUUUAGAGGUGCUCCUCGAACAUAGCCAAACCCUUGUGACCAUACAUCUCCCUUAGAGCUUCGUUCUUUACAGUCUUUCUGCUUUUGCCCCCAUUGUCAACCAAUCCCUUCUACUCUUUCUACUACAUUCCAGGGGCCAGACAGGAGUAUUUUGGGAGCCCCUACCACCAAGAUCCGCUGGAGAAGGAAAUGGCAACCCACUCCAGUACUCAUGCCUGGAAACUCCCAUGGACUGAGGAGCCUUGUAGGCUACAGUCCAUGGGGUCGCAAAGAGUUGGACACGACUGAGUGACUUCACUUCACUACCACCAAUGAAGUGGCAUUUACAGGUUGGUUCCAGCCCAGGCCAUUUUUUUCCAGAACAACCUCAGGAUACUUUCACUGGCUCUGCCUUGUCCCUUUAUGGUGACACCCUUUAGAAUUCCUGCCACAGGAUAUGUAUUAACUUAACCAUUGUCUCCCAUCAACCCAUCAGAAAAAUAGCUGCCAGGAAGUUACAGAGGCCUUUCUGUGAAGACCGAGUUUGUUUAGAGUUUGGUCAGUGUCCGUGACUGAUGCUGAAAGUCCAGGUGGCACUCUCUGCUUCUCCCUCUCCUGUGCUCCUUCUUCCUCCCCCUCAUCUGCCUUCCACUUCUGCUGUUGAUCCUCCCUGGUGUCUGCUUAGGCCCUCCAAUCACUUGCUUUCCUGUUGCUUGCCUUUGGCCUCUCCUCCCCCACUGCUUCCAGGCUGCAGUUUCAAAAAGCACAAAUCUAACUACAUCAUUUGCCAGUUUAAAAUUUUCCUCGUCUUCCCACUGGAAUGAAGGGUCAGCUCUCUCUGUGGCCCAUGAGGCUCUCUGGGAUUCAGCCACGUGGAAUCAGCUACCUGCCUACACCUAUGUCCUUCCCAUUUUCAUGGCUUUACCCCUGCCAUCACUUCUACACCUUGGCUUGGCUGCCAUUUACAUGUGUGUCAAGCCUCAACCCAGUCUUUAUCACCUGUGCCCUGCGAGACCUCUGUACCCUUCUCAUAGUUCCAUUGUCAGCCUUGUCUCUUAAAAACUCUUCAUGUUGUACUUGUUUCCUCUCUGGACUCUGUAAUCUUCGUGGGCAGGGUCUGUUCUGUUCAGGCCUUAUACCCAGUGUUUGGCACACUGUCCCUGGACUGUAUUAGUAUCAGAGCAGAGCAUUAGUAAAUGCGUGCUGAACUAAGCUAACCUGUACCUUUCUUUGAGGGGUUUUGCAUCAUUUGAAAUCUGCUUCAUUUGUGGUCAUCUUUAAAUGCCCUCAACAAGAGUGCUCUGAGCUUGCUUGGACCUCCUUCUAGUCCCUCCUAAUCCCUAUGAGGCUGUAGAAGCAGCAUCUGGUAGUGUAACAGUGCCCAUAGCCUUCCCACGCACUUUACAUUCUGCACUGGUUUCCCACCCUCCAGACUUUGGAGGUAGAUAGGCUCGAUGUGAACAUGGCUCCUUUGUACCUUUGUUGAGACCCAAGGAACAAACCCACUCCGUUCCCCGCCUCCCCUCUAUUCUGGUGAUAGCCCUUGCAGUAUCUGCAGGAAUUUAUUGGCAGAAUUAUCACUGACCGCAUUGUUUUAUGGAGAGAGAGAGAGAGGUAUUACUAAGAUCUUAUUGCUACCUGGGGCAGCUUGGUUUUCAUUCGAAGGAUUGUUGAACAUAUUUCUCACUUUUUCUUUAAACCUAGUCUUCCCCCCACUCCUCUGAUUAUAUUUGAUUCGGUGCAGCCUUGGAAAUGUAUAUUUGUAUACACAUAUGCUGUGAAUGCUGAUUUCCUCUCCUUGUGGAAAGCAGUAUGUUCCCAUCUCUCUUGGUCCUUUUCCCUCUGGAAGCCUAGGUGUUUUUCCUUCCAUUCGCUUGUCUCAGAAUCCAGCAGAGCCUCUUGCCCACCAUCUUUUUUCCUGUGGUGGGAUAGGAAGACAUAGGCUUUGGUGAUGCCAGACAACUUGGCACGGAUCCCUGAAUCCCACUUAUACAGAGCUGUGUGCCUUCAGUGGCCAUCCAGGUGGCUCAGUAGUAAAGAAUCUACCUGCAGUGCAGGAGAUGCAGGAGACGUGGGUUUGAUCCCUGGGUCAGGAAGAUCCCCUAGAGAAGGAAAUGGCAACCCACUCCAGCAUUCUUGCCUGGAGAAAUCCCAUGGACAGAAGAGCCUGGUGGGCUGCAGUCCAUGGGGUCUAAGAGAGUUGGACACGACUAAGCAUGCAUGUGUGCUCUGAAUGCACCAGCUACCCUUCCUUGUGCCUCCAUUUCCUCUGCAGUACAGGCGGAAAUGAUGAGGAUUAAAUAAGGUAACAUAAGUGUUUGGCUAAGACCCAGGGAUGUGGUGGGUGCCCAUGUUAGUUCUGUCACAGCCUCGUCUUUUUCCUUCUGCCCUUGAACUUGGCACCAAUUCUGUUUAUAAAAUCUGUUUGUUAGGGCAUUCCCGUCCCUUUUUUCCUCCCAGCAGCCCCUGGGCAGAGGCAUUGUCCCUAUUCUUCCGACUGGCCCUUGUGGCUCAGAGAGAGUUGAGCUCUGUCUUCAUUAGUAACCCAGUUCUCCCAGGCUUCUCUCGUCUUUCUUUGGCCCACUGUAGUUGCGCAGCCUUGCACAUCUCUCCUAGCCUGAGCCAUGCUCAGACUUCUGCGCCAUUCAGUGAUCUGGGGCAGACCAAGUUGGCAGGGACUUGGCUGGCAGGUCCUUGAAUACGAACUCCCCUUCCCAUCUCAGGCAAAAUCCUUUUAAAUCACUCGUGAAUCCCCAGCAGGCUUGCCCUUCAUAUUUGCAUCACACAGUUCUUGGAUGCCACAAGGAAAGAAAUGGCAGCACCAUCUAGGCCUUAAAGACACGGUCACUAAAUCAGUCCCCACUCUGGGCACCCUCAGCACCAGCUGCAACUCAGUUUCGCCAAACAGUUCAGAUGUUUAUGCAGGCAGACCGUGUCUACCCAAACAGCUCAAGCUGAAAACAAAACUCAGACACUUUUGCUUUUAUCACACAGUCCAGUCUGAAAAAAAUUAACCUUUUCCACUAUAAAGUAUGUGGCUAUACAGGGGGAUACAUCAGGCCUGUUACAGGUACAGGAAGCACACUGCUUUUGGGGGACCAGUUUUAAACACUUUUUUGAGCUCUUUAAAUUUUAUUCAACCGUCAGCCAUGAAUGACUCCUUCAGGCCACAUCAGUGGCAUAGUCAGAACCUCAGCUUUUCAGUAGGCCACUGCAGAAUGUCCCGCCCAAACCUCUUCCUCUUGUUUGUUUGACUGUUUUUGAAUGCUCUUGCUCCCUGGUCCUCAGUUUGGACUUAGGAAGUUAGGGAAUUCCUCCAUUUUGUAUUGAUUUUUUUUUUUUUUUGAUCUUUGUUUCAUAAUCAAUUUCAUGUUUUAGUUUUGGCAGAGCUGUGAAUGCAUUUGAAGUCAGUGUUUGAUUUUUUCAUUUGUUGAUAUUCACACCAAGCGUUGUGCUAGCUGCUGGGAUUGAAACGGCAUGCUUUUGGUCCUCUUUUUAGAGAGUCCAGACUCUUGUCACACCCAGAGUUUUAUCUGUUCUGCUGCGAUCAUCAGAGAAAUAGCAUUUUUUACUGUUUCAAGUCAAAGCGACAAAAGAUUAUGCAGAUUUUCCAAGAUGGCGUUUGGACUGCUUCAGUUCUUACUGAGUAAAAUCGUUACUUUUUAGUAAAGGAGCAGACUGUUAUGAACUAAAUGGUCCUUGUAGAUUUAAUAGCAAAUAGGAAAAUUGAUGAAAAUUGUGGGAGAGUUCAGCUGUGAUGCCACCCACAUCCUUGUUCCCCUCAGGCAAAGGCAGGAGAGCCACUGCCCCGGCUCUUGGUGUGACAGGGGCACAGAAGGCAAGGGGCACCUCCGAAAUGCUCUGGAAACAAGAGCGCCAGGGAGUGCCAUUCGUUAUGAAAAAGGCUGAGUGUUUCUCUUUUUUUCAACCUGCUUAACAUUUGCACCUCAGCCACAUAAAUGGAAUGUAUUUUCCAGGAAAUAACCAGUUUUAUUUUAACUUCUUUAAAAAUUUUUAGUUACAAAUCUGUUGUUUCAAAUGACUUGCGUUUUCAGAUUCUGCAUCUGUAUCUAAAAUAGUAGGUUGGGUUUUCACUCAGAUGCAUAUUUAGGACUUUGCCUGCCCCCAGCAUAAGUAAAGCACUGUUCAUAAUGCACAACAGUAGCAUGUCGAGGAUUUAUUUAAAGAGUAUUAAUUUGAUGCUGAACUGUCCAGGGUGCCCAUUGGCUAGAUCCCCUACAUUUCACUCUGGUGACAUUCCCAAUCUAAAAAUCACUUAAGUGAGAAGAGAUCUGACUGGUGCUGUAGACAAGAAGAAUGUGGAAAAGUUUCUUGGCAGUACUAUUUUGGACCUGUACCACUGUGGAUGCCGAGGUAAUCUAUCAGUUUGUGAGUGUCUACAAAACGCAACUCUCUAGAUAACAGGUUUAAAGUAAAGAUUUAAUACAGUCUCCAUCUCCUCUGAUGUUGCAGUGACAGUUUAAAACUCAUUCUCUAAAUCUCAGCAGACUUUAUAGCUAGCAGUGGGCCAAUAGAAAGUUUAAUAGCGUUACAAGCCAUAAAUCAUCUUUUAAGGAUGCUACUGGUAGCUCCAGUAUUAAAUGCAGACAAUCGCCUGUGUUAUAAAUAAUUUAUCAAACACCAUUUCAGAUUAGCCUUCCAUGCUGAGUUAUUUAUUUUAGCCUUUUCUGUACGAUUCCUAAGGCACUUUUCGAAAGAGGCAUUACUGGUCAGUUUAAUGAACUUGGGGGUCUGUUUUGUCCCCUCAAGCGCCCGGGUGCAGCUGUGGUGACCAUUACAUGGCCGAUGCGGACCUCUUUGUGCCUUUUACAAGUGCUGCCCAUUUGUCAUGGAGCGGUAAAUGGAGCUGCACAUGGGAGUCCAGGGACACAUUGUGCGGUGCAGUGAUGGAGACAAACAGAUCGCUCCAUAAAGUGCUGCUGUCACAGCCGGCUUGUGCUGCGGCACAUCGCUCUUGCUGUGAUCUCAUUUAAGAAGCAGGGGUGGCCCGGGGGACUGAUAUUCCCAGUUAGUUUGGUCUUUGUAGCCAUAAAGCAGGAAGCGCUCCUUUUAUAUUCUCUGAACUUUUAGGGAGUGUGCUUUUUGCUUGGAGUAAUUAUUAUAGGAACUUCUCCACUGCACUGUGUGAAGGGUUGCCAGCAGGUUUGUUUGGACCUCCUUCUCCUGGCCUGGUGUUUGGUACAGGCAGUCACUCCUUGGAGAUAAAUGAUGUCCCUUGGAGCCCUCUGGCUUGCUGGAUUAAAUAAGUUACCAGUUUUUAAGCAAUAGCCAUGUGCCAGACCCAUGAUUCUUUCAGUAAUCAUGUGAUAAAUCUUAAGUUAUCAUCUAUAUUUCAGAGGAGGAGAGUGAACUCAGGUGAAAUGACUUGCUCAAGGGUGCACAGCAAUAAGUAAGUAGGAGGCUGGAGACUGAAACACAUUCUGACACAUUCUGUCUGCCUCCAACCCUGCCUGAUGACCUUGAACCUGGGUUGCUCAUCUAACUUUUGAGCACUGGGAUCAUGAUGAUGAUCUUUUGGCUGAGCAGUUCAAAGUAAAAGGAAGCUGGCGUUGGCCUGCAGAGCCUUUUUUGAGGGGGAGGUUUAGUCGGGGGAGGUAGCCUGGAUGAGUCCGGCUGCUCUGCGUACACACUGAAUCCAAGUUCCCCUGUGACUAGCAAUGUAAAUCCACAAGCAGCUGGCCAGGGGAGGCUGCUGGCCCGGCAGUGGGAGAGCGCCUCACCCCGGGCCUUACCAGCUGGGGUCACAGCCCGUGUGUAGCAGCUGUCCCCAAGUGCAUGCUCCCUAGAACUCUGGUCCCUUCGCCACUUCCAGAAAAGUGAGGUGGUUUCCUCAUGAAGAAUGAAUCCUAAGGGAAGAAACAAUGCUUCUGCACUUACUGUGACCCAGACACAGAUAAAAAUGUGUUUUCCCUACCUCUUGCUUUUAGUCUGUGUUUUUCUCAAUAGCUUUUUUCUCUAGGUUUUUCUCAAUAGCUUCCCUAAAUAUUUGGUAGCACGUGUUAAAGACAAGACUUGUUUAAUUGUGAAAAUCCACUAUAAAGAAAACACAGUAUGAAUAUGCCCAGUAGCAUAUUUGCAUAUGUGUCUAGAAUUCUGGGUAUGGAGAUACUAUGGUAAAAGACCAUAUUUGUCAUAAGAUACAGUUCCUGGAACAUAGUAGGUGUCUGCAAAUAUUUGUUGAAGGCAUUAACUAUGUAAAUAAUGGGCAGACAGAAAAGCCUUGGUAAUUUUCACCCUAUUUGUCUUUUGAGGGUUUUUGGUGGAGGUGAGGAAUAUAUAAAAUAAGACUUUGGAUCUUAAUGUUCAUCUCUGCCAUAUCACCUUGUAGAAAUGUUUAGGUGGUGGCCUGUGGGCAGUGCUUUCCCCACUAUGGAAGUGACCAUCAGAGGGUCUGCGAGUUGGCUCAAUGAGAAAUUGGCAACCACCAUCUUUCUCUUGGGCUUCCCUGGUAGCUCAGCUGGUAAAGAAUCCGCCAGCAAUGCAGGAGACCCUGGUUUGAUUCCUGGGUUGGGAAGAUCCCCUGGAGAAGGGAAUGGCUACCCACUCCAGUAUUCUGGCCUAGAGAAUUCCAUGGAUUAUAUAGUCCAUGGGUUUGCGAAAAGUCGGACACAACUGAGCGACUUUUACUUUUCAUCUUUCUCUUAUACUUACUCAGGUUCUGAAGAUCUUUGCUGAUGAGGAAUGACACCCUGAAUCAAGGGGCUGCUGUCCGUUCCCAACUCGCUCAGGAGCCACAGCUCACAGCUGAGACAGGUUAUCUAUGAGCUGGUGGUGGUAUGGCCUUCUGGCCCUAGAGCCCAGGGUCCUGUUUUAAUUAUUUGUGUGACCUUGGGCAGGUCAUUGGCUCUCUCUCUGCCUUGGUUUCUGACAAUACCGACCUCAGAAGAUAGUUAAGGGUAGGGGUAGAAAUGACGGUGAUCAUCAAAGUCUACCUCAGUACUUGACACACUAUAGUAGGUGCUUUAACAUUUUCAGUCCUGUGUGUAUGAGAGGUGGGUAGGACUACAGAAAGGAAAAAAAAAUCAGAGACUUGAGGUAUUUCCUUUUUUAAUGAAUUGUCUUUCCUAGAAUUUGAAGGGGUGGUAGUGGGAGGAAUUUAAAAGGUUUAUUUCCCCAAUUUUUAAAAGCAUUUUAUGAGUAACUACUUUUAUGAGUAACUCAGGUUGUAUGUAAUAUAUUUUGUAUUAAUUUUUAAGUUUAAAAAUUUUUAAGUUUUGUAAGUUCAUAUACUCACAUUAAAGAAUAUUUG